AUGGCGGGCUCAGUAAGUCGAGCCAUCGUCCCAACCCUCGACACCGUCCGGUCCAUCAUCGAGAAGCCUCACACCGGCCCCGGAAAGAAGCCGACCCUCAUCCCCAUAUACCGCCAGAUAUCCUCCGACCUCAUCACUCCAUCCGCAGCAUAUCUCAAAAUCUCAGCACACUCCUCGUCCGAGUACUCAUUCCUGUUCGAGUCCGCCGCCACAGAACAAGUUGGUCGGUAUAGCUUCGUUGGCGCCGGCCCGCGCAAGAUUCUCGCCACCGGACCAGGCUACGGACCCGAGACAGAUCCCCUCCCUGCUCUGGAGAAGGAAUUAGCAGAGCAUGUCGUCGCUCACGUUCCCGGCCUGCAGCUGCCGCCGUUGACGGGCGGUGCCAUUGGCUAUGUAGGCUACGACUGUGUCCGGUACUUUGAGCCCAAGACGGCACGGCCAAUGAAGGAUGUCCUCAAGAUCCCGGAGUCGCUCUUCAUGCUUUUCGACACCAUUGUCGCAUUUGACAGAUUCUACGGCAUCAUCAAGGUCAUAAGCUACGUUGCGGUACCGGAGGACGGCAAGACAGGCUUACAAGAGGCCUACGACAAGGCCAAGAGCACCAUUGACGAACUGGUCGACGUGCUCAACUCGCCGGAGAUUGAACUCCCUGAGCAAGGACCCAUCGAACUGGGACAAGAAGCCACCUCCAACAUUGGCCAAAAGGGCUACGAAGCACACGUCACCAAGCUAAAGGAGCACAUUGUCAAAGGCGACAUCUUCCAAUGCGUGCCGUCACAACGGUUCGCCCGUCCUACCAGCCUUCACCCCUUCAACAUCUACAGACACCUUCGAACUGUCAACCCGUCGCCGUACCUAUUCUACGUCAACUGCAAGGACUUUCAGAUUGUAGGCGCAUCACCCGAGCUCCUCGUCAAGAGUGAGGCCGGCAGAAUCAUCACACACCCCAUCGCUGGUACCGUCAAGCGCGGCAAGACACCCGAAGAGGACCAGAAACUAGCAGACGAACUAAGCAGCUCACUCAAGGACCGUGCCGAACACGUCAUGCUGGUCGAUCUCGCCCGCAACGACAUCAACCGCGUGGGAGACCCUUUUACCGUCCGUGUCGACCGCCUCAUGGUUGUCGAAAAGUUCAGCCACGUCCAGCACCUCGUUUCACAGGUAUCAGGCGUCUUGCGGCCAGAAAAGACACGUUUCGAUGCAUUCAGGUCCGUCUUCCCGGCUGGCACUGUCUCCGGCGCACCCAAAGUUCGUGCCAUGGAACUCAUCGCCGAGCUGGAGAAGGAGAAGCGCGGCAUUUACGCUGGUGCGGUGGGAUACUUUGGCUACGGCAGCCAGGAUGAGAGUGGAAACUCGGUAGAGGGUGCAAUGGAUACCUGUAUUGCGUUGAGGACAAUGAUGGUCAAGGAUGGGGUGGCUUAUCUUCAAGCGGCGGUAUCGUCUUUGACUCGGAUGAAUAUGAUGAGUGGAUGGAGACAAUCAACAAACUUGGCGCUAAUAUGCAGUGCAUUAAAUCUGCAGAGGAGUUAUAUUACCAGCAGCAACAGGCUGCUAAAAGUACCAAAUAGAUGGCGCUAUACACUGACGGAUAUUUAUUGCAAAUAG